UCUUCAUUGACCCCAUUAAUGGAGGGAACCUCAACUUUACAAACUCCAAAAAACAUCAAACAAAAUUUUACUUAUGAAAAUCAAAACUAAAUAGUAGUAAUAAUCUCCAAAACCCCUUUUCCCUUCUGGCGCCAUUUGUUUACCAACCCUUAUUUCAAACCAAACCUUUAUUUUUUAAUUUAAUCUCUAUUUAAAUUUUAAAGUUACAUUCUUGAUUUUUUCCCACAGUACUGUGUUCUUUUUCUGUUUUGGGUUUAUUUUUAGGGAAAAAAAUGAUGGAAAUGGAAGACAAAGAGAGUACAGAAUCUGGUUCACUCGGUGUUAACUCAGAAUAUGACUCACCACCGCCACCACCACACCCCCAACCACCACCAGUAACAGCAGUAGCAGCCAAUGGGAGUUUGACAAGUGGCAGUGGUAGUGGGGUUGUGCCACAACAAAUGCUGAAUAUGAACACGAACAUGAACAUGGGUAUGACAACAACUGAGGGGGUAGUAGGGGUGGUGGUGGGUAGUGGGGGUGGUGGGGUAGUGGGUAGUGGUGGGGAGAAAAAGAAGAGAGGGAGGCCAAGAAAGUAUGAUGCAGAAGGGAACUUAACACCUCAAUAUAUAAAAGCAGCUGCAGCAGCAGCUGCAGCUAAAGCAGCAGUGGCGGCGGCGGCAGUGACGUCACCUGCUGCUGGUGGUGGUGGUGGUGGUGGAGUGACACCACCGUCAGGUUUUACUAUAACGUCACCGCCUUCUUCUGCUUUUUCUUCUUCUUCCUCUAAAAGAGGACGUGGCAGACCUUCUGGUUCUUCUGGUAACUUGCAAUUAAUUGCUUCUUUGGGUGAGCUGUUUGCACAUACAGCUGGAGGGGAUUUUAUGCCACAUGUGGUUACUGUGCAUACUGGAGAGGAUGUGGCUGGAAAGGUUUAUUCUUUUGUGCAGAAGGGUUCAAGAGGGAUCUGUGUUUUGUCUGCAAAUGGGGCUGUUUCUAAUGUUACAAUUCGUCAGCCUGGUUCUUCUGGUGGUCUCUUGACAUAUGAGGGGCGCUUUGAGAUCUUAGCGUUAACUGGAUCUUACACUGUUUCUGAAAAUGGUGGCAUGAAAAGUAGGUCUGGUGGAUUAAGUGUUUCAUUGGCUGGCCCAGAUGGCCGUGUUAUUGGUGGUGGUAUUGCUGGUUCACUUAUCGCUGCAAGCCCCAUCCAAAUGGUGGUCGGAAGUUUCAUGCCAAAUGCUUUUAUAAAACACAAUAAAAGAAAGCAUCACCAAGUCGAACCAAGAAUGGCUCCCGUUAUCCACAGCUCUCCGGACCCUGUUUCAAUGGUAAGACCUGUAUCACAUGCACCACUUGUGAACAACAUGACUCUAACUCAGGCACCUCAAAUACCAAUGCAAAACCACGGAGAGGUCGAUAACAGCACGAGCAACAAAGAUAUGCCAAAUUCCACAUCUACCGACACUUCUGACUGUAAUGGAUCGGAACCAACUUUUGAGCAGAGACCAUAUCCUGAUAUUAACCUGUCUAUACCUAUGGAGUAGCUUGUUAAGUCGGGAAAGCAAACUCGACGAUAGUUUCUUUUCCAUUUAGCUGAUUCCUUGUUUUCCUGACUGCUGAUUGUAACUUGAGGAAUCAUUGUAGGAAUGCCUUAGAAACUUUGAAGUAUGCUGACAUGACUAGAAGAGGGCUAAUAUAUCUUUUGUUUUCUGGUUGUUGUAAUGUCUAUACAGAUCUUUGUUCUUUUCUCUUUGAAGGAUUUUACCUAGGAACAGAUGCUAUAUAGUUGCAUUAAUGUCAGUCUUAAGUCCAAGAACACUCA